AUGUACGCCGGUAUCGCCGAGCGCGUCGCUCAGAACGACCCACCGAAGGCAGCCUCGGUCCUUCUGGGCGCAUGGCCGACGUGGACAGAAACAUACGCGUAUCGAACGCUCCGGACACUUGUCCCUCAGAGCACGUCGCCCCCGCCAAAUGCUAGCUCUACGUCCACAGCGACACAUGGUCCAAAGCCCUCCCCAAAGCCCUGCGCAGUCGCGAAUCAACGACAGGAUUGUAUUGGGAGUAGACCAACACCCGACGCGUCGUCCACGCGACGUGCACCGUCAGAUGAACACACGCAAUGCCAGGCAGAGCGCCCACCUCAUCCUGGUCCUGCACAAGUCUAUCCUACGUCUUCUGGUGGCAGCAACGCCGAGUCUCGCAUGGCUGACUCAGCCAAUCCAGAUAACUUCCAACUGAGGCCGUUCGCACAAAGGGCUGCCCAACCUUACGUCUAUAAAUUCCUCCGGGACAUCUUCCCGCCUCUGUCCGCGCCUGGCGUCGUGCGCCAGUUCAUCGACGCCGGCAUGGUGGAGCGCAAGGACCUGGUCGCUUGCUCGCGUUUACCAGAGUCGGACCAGCUGCAGAUGCUCCGCUCUGACCUAGGUUUGAAUAUCCUGCACUCGAGGAUGGUAAUAGCGGCGUUGCGUCGUCUCUGA